AUGGGAGCCGGUGGAGGAGGCUGGUCUAAUGAGGCCAUUAAAAGGGUCCCGCCUCAAGCUCGCGGUGUGUAUAUCUGGCUCGCUGUCAUCUGGGCCUCAUACUGCGGUGGCCUUCAUGGCUUCAACACGGCGAAUAUCUCGGGCACGAUGAGUCUGAAGCCGUUUAUCAGGGAUUUUGGGUGGACAGAGUUGUCGAAGGCUACGGUAUCAGACUAUUCGGGAUGGGUGGUUUCGUCGAUGUUGUUGGGUCAAACGGCAGGUGUUCUUCUUUGCGGACCUCUUGGGGAGCGUCGGGGCCGGAAGCCCGUCAUCAUGGGCUCCGCCAUCCUCUACACCAUCGGGGCGAUCCUGAUGGCUGCCAACUUUGGCUCGCUUGCUGAACUGCUCGUGGGUCGCGUCCUGUCCGGCCUGGGCUCUGGCUUCGGCAUGGUCGUGGGCCCCAUCUAUAUCUCCGAGGUGGCGCCCACCGAGAUGCGAGGCAUGAUGACGACGUUCUAUAACAUUAACAUCAUGGCUGGCGUGUCGGGCAGCUACUGGAUCAACUACGCCUCGCUGGAGGUCCUCCCCGCCACUUCCAGCUGGCAAUGGCGCGCCACGCUCGUCCUGCAACUCAUCCCGGCCAUCGCUCUCUUCCUCGGAUUCCCCUUCUUCCCGGAAUCCCCUCGAUACCUGAUGCUCCGGGGCCAGGCUCAAGCGUCACACGACAGCCUCUCGCGCCUCCGCGGCCUCGACACUAGCAACGAGUACUUCGCGCGAGAAUUCAACGAGCUCCAAGCCCGGAUGACCGCAAACGCCGAGCCCCAAAGCGCGCUCCAGUCCUUCAAAUCGCUUCUCGGAUCCUGCAUCACCGACCCCCCGACCCGCAAACUCCUCCUCUUCGUCGUCAUCGUCCAGACCUUCUUCAUCAUGUCCGGCGGCAACUCCAUCACCUACUACGCCCCCACCAUCCUCAAAUCCAUCGGCCUCGACUCCACCCAAAUCCUCCUCUUCAGCGCCAUCUACGGCCUCGUCAAACUCGUCAGCGUCCUCCUCUACGCGUUCAUCCUGACCGACCGUUUCGGCCGCCGUCCUCUCCUCCUCAUCGGCUCGGCCCUCAACGUCAUCUGUCUCUGCUAUCUCUCCGUGUAUCUCGGCGUGUCGGAUCUCUCUGCCAAGAACACCUCCCCGUCCCCCGCCGCUUGGGUCGCUAUCGUCGCGAUCUGCGUCUUCGCUGUCGGAUACGGUAUUGGCUGGGCUCCUGCGUUCUCGCUCACCGCGUCCGAGAUCUGUCCGACGCCGAUCCGCGGGACGGUUGUGACGCUGGCGUUCGUGUAUCAGAAUCUGCUUAAUUUCGGCAUCACGCGGGGGUUCCCGAAUAUGACUGUUGAUAUGCAUGCGUGGGGCCCGUUUGCCUUGUUUACGGCGUUUACGGCCCUCGCGACGGGGUGGUUUUUCUUGGCGUUUCCGGAGUGUAAGGGGAGGAGUAUGGAGAGUGCAGAUAAGUUGUUUUCGUUGCCGUGGUGGAGGAUUGGGUUCGUUAGGGUUGGGGAGGAUGGGGAUGGGGGGAGGGUUAGAAGGGGGGGUGUUGAGGAGGGGAAGGAGGCGGGGGAGGAGAAGAGGAGUGGGUGUGAGCAUUGGGAGGAGGUGAAGGGGAGAAAGAUGGGUUGA